AUGAUCCUCGACAACGUCGGCAGACGGCUCAGGUACGAGUUGCUGCCUGCAACAAGUGCAGGGGCCGAGGCAGAGGACGGAGACGGAGACGGCGACAAUACGGGUCGGAGCAUCAUCGCGACAGGAAAUCCGUGGCGGUCAGAUCGGGCCAAGAUCCUGUCCAUGGUGGUCGUGAUCGCCAGCGUGGUGGUCCUCGUCAGCCUCGGCCUGCGCUUCAUCAUCGCCGAGAGCGCCACAAGAAGCAACAAUAACGCCGCCACCCUGUCGUCGUCGUCGCAGGAUUGCGGCUCGACGCGUGACUCGGCGCUGACGCGAGGCUGCGUGUUCGACAUCGUGACAUUCGCGUGGGUGGCUCCAGCGUGCCACGACCGCGAACUGUCCGCUGAAUUCGGCUCUCUGCGGGCCUGGGGCUGGUUUUUGGACCAGAACAGCACGCAGGCCGUUCCUCAGAGCGAGGUUGAAGACGGGAGGUUCGAUGUCGUCUAUGUCUCGCGCGCGCAGUUGGCGUACCGCUGCGUGUACAUGUGGCGGAAAUUGCACCGUGCUAUCCUGCGCAGGGGUCCUUUGGAUAGUUUUGUUGCGCAGUAUAACACGACUGAGUAUUGUGGGCGGAUGUUGCUUGACGGACACAGUCAGAAGUCAGAGUCUGUGGACAAGUCUGCUGUCCUCAUGAUGUCCCGUUUCGCGUCUUGUGGGAUCUGA